UAUAUACAUAAAACUAAUAUUAACUUAUUUAAUUUAGAAUAGUUCUGAAAAAUAAUAUCAUAAUAUUGUUUCACAUAUAAAACAGUUCUUAUUUAUAUUAUUUAUACUACUCAAUUGCAUUUACUAUUAAGCUACUUUAUGAAAUUUACAUUUAAGCUUUAUGAAAUGGAUGCGGGUUUCUGGUUAUGUUCAAGCUUCUUUUUCUCUUCUUGGGGAGAUCGCAUGUGGAAUUUUGCCGUUGGAUUGUAUUUGAUAAAACUCACACCAGGAUCGCUUCAACUUACUGCUAUAUAUGGUGCAGUUGUUUUUGGUACAAUUAUUUUGUUUGCACCAUCUAUUGGAAGCUGGAUUGACCGUAGCAACCGUUUAUUUGUUAUGCGUACUUUAUUGUUACUUCAGAAUGGACUGAUAAUUUGUUCAGCAUUAUUUAUUAGUUUAAUUUUGUUUAGGGUCACAUCAGACAUAAAAAUAAUUACAUUUUUUAAAGUGAUGAUAAUUUUUUUUGGAGCAGCAGCAAACCUUGCUUUUAAAGGAGAAGAGAUAUCAAUUUCAAGAGACUGGGUUGUUGUUAUUUGCCAAAAUAACAAGGAUAAGUUAACUAAAAUAAAUGCUCAAAUGCGUAGAAUUGAUUUAACAGUUGCAAUAAUUGCUCCUAUUGCUAUUGGUUCGCUUAUGUCAUGGAUUUCUGAUCUUUCUGGAAUCGGUCUUAUUUGUGGGUGGAACAUUUUAUCCGUCUUUUCGGAAUACCUUCAGUUACGACAUGUGCACAAUAUUGUUCCAGAAUUGACUAAAAAACUAGCUAAAGAGUAUGAACCAAUUCCAAACGAGAAUGAACCUUAUGUAAAUGAGUCCAUUAAUGAAACUAGAUUCACAGAAAAAGUAAUACAAUUCCGUAUUUUUGAGAAAUUAAAAUUUUCUUAUAUAGUUUGGAAAAUAUACAGAAAACAGAGCGUAUUUUUAGCUGGUGUUGCCUUAGCUGUAUUAUGUCUUACUGCACUUGGAUUUAGCUCUAUAACAGUUGGGUACGCCUACUCGCAAUCAGUAAAAGAGAUUUAUGUAAGUAUUUUAUUUGGGUCGGGAGCAUUAAGUGGAAUAUUCGGCACUUUUCUAUUUCCCUUUAUUAGAAACAAGCUAGGCUUGGUGAAAUGUGGCGUGGUUGCACUUGGUUUUGAAUGCACCAUGCUUUUAUUAUGCGUUGCAUCAAUAUGGGCUCCUGGAAGUCCAAGUAACUUGAAAAUUUUAAAAAAAUAUGAAACAGAAUCUAGCUUAAAUAGUUCCUUCUUUAGUCAUCACCAAAACUCGACCAAAACUCAAUUACCAGCUACUACAAGUUACAGUUAUGUUUCAAUAUAUUUGUUAAUGGUGGGAAUAGUUUUAUCUCGCGCUGGAUUAUGGAUGUUUGAUCUCACAAUAACACAACUACAACAAGAGAAUGUUGAGGAGGAGCAUCGUGGAGUUGUUGGUGGUGUGCAGUUUUCAUUCAAUUCUAUUUUGAAUUUAAUGCAAUAUAUCCUUACAAUGGUUUUUUUUAAGCCUGAAGAUUUUGGGAUUUUAAUAUUAAUAUCGUUUGGUGCGGUAUUUACGAGUUUUAUUAUUUAUAUAGUUUUUUCUAUAAAAACUUUAGUCAAAUCGAAAUUGACAUCGACUAUAAACUAGCA